CACAAUUGAAUGAUCGCACUUGCUCCACUCGCAAUCCACAGACAAUGCAUCAUGAGCGCAUCGGAGCAGAUACCAGCGUGUUCCAGGAUGAAAUAUCGCGGCUGAAUUCAUACAGUAACGGUGCGGGGUUUAUUGGAUCAUCAGUCCUGGUACAUUCAUGGAAGGACGACAGGCGCGGGCCGGACGAAUCAAUGUCAACACCUUCGAAUCCGCGACGCCCGUUGCUAGCGUUACAUCAUGCCAUGGCAUGUGCUUUUGCGGGGAAGCUAUGGAGCUUAAACAAGGUCGUCGCUCGAGUUACGCGACUUCUGCCACUCAUUGAUCGUUCUUCAUAUCACUCUUCGCGAAGCGCUCACACCGCUCGCACUGCACACGAUGGCGUCCGGACUCUUCUCAAAGUCUAAUCAGCCUACGAGUACUCCAGAUGCUCGCAUUCAGUUUGGCGAAGAACGGCCGCAUGACAUCUACCUCAACAAGACGCACCCAACGGCGCAGCAUGCGUACAGCUAUGUCGACACGACACACUCGAAAACACACGUCCACACGGCCUCGUUAUUCGACGUUGGCAUCUUGAAGGAUACACUUGCUCCCUCUCUGACUCUUCACUCUGGUCUCGCAGUCAUUGCAUACGGUAUCUCACGAUACACUCAACGCGUCGAGGUCAAGGAUUGGCUCUGGCCCAGCGGCCAGGUUGCCAAUGCCUGGUGGUCUGCAAUUGGUCGCCGUCUAGCCGCAGGCUUGACGCUCACGCAAGCUCUCAACCGUCUGUCCUGGCACGAGCGCGUCGUCUUGACCGGUGUGACGCUCUGGGGAGGUCGACUGUUCUACCGCAUAGCUCGCCGAUCAAUCCAGCGUGGCGAAGACGAUCCACGCUACACCGAGGUCAAGAAGGAGGACGAUUUCUGGAACUUGGCUUUGUUCAAGAUCUUUAUCCCCGAGGCCUUCUUCCAGAUGCUCAUCAGCUUGCCUUUCACAGCUCCGUUCAGGCACGAAGGUGCGGUCAUGAUAGGAUACCACCCUUAUAUUCAGAUGGCGGCCGUUGGUCUGUUCUCUACCGGUCUGGCCAUGGAGACUUUGGCCGACUAUCAGCUCGAUCAAUACAAGGCCGAGGGUGGACGUGGCAUCCUCCGCGAAGGGGUCUGGAGCAUUGUCCGCAACCCCAACUACCUCGGCGACGCUCUCGUCCACAUUUCUUUCAUCGUAAUGCUGUACGGAAGCGACAUGCUUGCACCCAUCGAACUCCUCGGUCCCGUCGCGAACUACUGUUUCCUCCGCUACUUCGGCGGCGACAAGAAAAAAGAACAGCACCAAGUGCGCCGCUACUCUACUUCUCAGCCCGAUAAGUUCGCUGAGCUGCAGAAGUUCCGUGCUGACAAGAAUGCGUUCUGGCCGAGCAUGGACGAGCUUAGCAACAAGUGGCUGUGGACUGUGCUGGGAAUCGGAGGACUGGGUAUCGCUGUUGAACAGACAUUGAGGACACUGCAUUAAGACGGUCAUGGGACACUUGCAGGUCUAUGGCGUCCUCGGCUUUUUUUCAUUGGAUUGCUUUUGCCCUUUCGUUAAUUCUGCUCAGCAAACCGAAUUAAACUUAUUCGAGUUUCAACUACAUACGCGGUGUCA